GCGGAGGCCGAGAAGAACAAGUUCCCCGACCUGAGCGAGCUGCCGGCCGAGCUCGGCCUGGAGGUCCUCAAACACCUGAACGCCACGGACCUGUGUCUGGCCGCCUGCGUCUGGCAGAACCUGGCCGAGGAUGAGAUCCUCUGGCAGGGGCUGUGCAAGGACCAGUGGGGCUACGCCAGCGUAUACCGGCGACUGCGCGCGCCGGCGGCGGCCCAUCCUUACCGCCACACGUUCUCCAGCUGGACGAAGAGAUCGCCAUGUUCCUGCACACCAGCAGCAAGAUGGGACUCCAGCCAGCUACGGCGUUACUUGGACCAGCGGCGGGACGUGAUGACGCUCAUCAUGGACCUGCAGAACUACAGCGACCAGUUCCUGCCGGCCGCGCUGCGCAAGCUGUUCAGCAAGGUGCAGCCGCCGGAGGACCGGGGCAACUACCUGCAGACCCUGCUGGACAAGUUCUCCAUCAAGUUCUGCCAGGGCAAUCCCCGGCUGGGACUGUCCACGGACACGGUCUACAUCCUCUGCUUCUCGCUCAUCAUGCUGUCCGUGGACCUGACGUCGCCGCACGUCAAGAACAAGAUGUCGAAGCGCGAGUUCAUCAGGAACGUGCGUCAUGCGGCGGCGGUGGACGACGUGCUCAGCGGCCACCUGUACGACGACAUCUACCUGCGCGGCCACAUCGUCGGUCGACGACCGGCGCUCGGCUGUCGCUAGUGCCGGCCCUGCCGCCAGGGGCGCCGCUGUCGCCGCAGCUUCGCGCCGCGCCCGCCGGGAGCGCUGCAGUCGCCGCUGGUUCUCCGCGCGGCCUCCGACGACGCGGCCAGCUGCAGGAGACCGGCAGG